ACAAAUCCAAACACUGUGUUUGUGUUCUCGUGCGGUGCGGUUCUCGUUUUCUCCCCUGACUAUUUUGCGCUAAUUUUUGUCAACAACCCACAUUUUCCGAAUACAGCAAUAAAAAGAAAUAAACGGAGUAUACAUACAAGGAGCAUCAAUCAUUCAAAUCAUCCAGCUAAAGCCCAUAUAACCGUUAAGCGUUAUAUAAAUUAAACAAAUAAGUUUUUAAAAAAACUACAAAACAACCAGAAACAAAAUGUCUGCAGCCACAGAACAACAGAAUAACGGUGAUGUUGCCGUCGAGAAGGUGGCCGUCAAGGACGACGUCGCCGCGGUGAAGGAUGAUCUCAAAGCCAAGGCAGCCAGCGAGGAUAAGGCAGCAGCAGAUGCCGCCGGCGACGCGGUCGCCGAUAACGGUACGGCAAAGGACGGCGAGGAUGCUGCCGAUGCCGCUGCCGCGCCCGCUAAGGAAUCAGUGAAAGGCACCAAGAGGCCAGCAGAAGCCAAAUCCGCCGAAUCAAAGAAGGCCAAGAAGGCCGCCGACGGCGAUUCCGACGAGGAGGAAGCUCUGGAAGAAAUUAUCGAGGGCGACAGUGAAAUCGAGAGCGACGAAUACGACAUACCCUAUGAUGGUGAGGAGGAUGACAUUGAAUGUGAUGACGACGAUGAUGAUAACGACGAUGGCUCCGGCUCGGACGAUCAGGCGUAAUAAUAAUGUAGUCAAAAUACAAUACAACAAAACAAACAAACAAUUUAAAUUAAUAAUAAAUAAAAGUUACAAGCAAAAACAAAUAAGAAAGCAACCAGAAAAUAAACAACAACAACCAACAAAGGAAAAACACAAAAAAAUUGCAAAAUUAUAUAAUUUUUAUGUUUAAGGAAUAAUUUUUAUUUCUUACCUUAUUUUAAUUGUAUUUUAUGUGUACUUUUUUUAUAAAAAAAUACAAAACCACAAAAAUUGUAAUUGAGAAAGGUUCGUAUAUGUCGAUCUAUACGAAAAGAACGAAAUGAAACGUAAUCAUCCCCACUAUAUACAAAUACGACACGAAAUCCACAAAAAAAAAAAACUAAACCAAAAUCUUUCUUUCCUUUAUGUAUAAGUCCUAAUUUAUAGAAGUUUAUGCUUAAAAACAAAUAUACAAAGAUUGAGCAUGAAGAAGCGUAAAUCUAUACAGACACAUACACACCCACACACAAACAAAAACCACAUAAUAAAAAAAACUCAUUAUUAAAAUUAGACGUUACAUUUAUGAAAGAAUGAAAGAGACAAAAAUACAAAAUUGAAGAAACAGCAAAUGCAAUUAAAUACAAAACAAAUAAACAUACAAAUUGUAUUGAAUAAAUCGAGGCACUAUUGAAAGCAUA